CGCAGACAGUCGAAGUAAAAGAACAGGCGUGUACAAACACAGUCAAAUUGCUAUUUAUCGACGUUCAAACCCAAGGAACUCGACAAUUGAGUUCUGUGCUUAGGAAAUUUGCUGAAUGGGUGAAGCAGCUUCAGCAGCCGGAGAUGCUCUGCGUAUUGCAGCAAAUGCCGGGAUAUUUAACAUCGAUAUUAGCACUACCAAAGUAGAAGUGGCACGAGAGUUGUGUGAUAUAGCACGAGAAGUUGGCAACAAAGUGGGGCAUGGAGUUGGGCAAGGAUUGGGACUAGGAGUUGGACUAGGUCUAAGUCUAGGCGCCCUGUAUUUUGGUUAUCCAGCAUUGAAGUCAUUAAUUCACGAUGCAAUUACUAAGGGUGUUGGUGGAAAACGUGAUGAUCAGGACGUUCGUGACAUACGAAAAGGAUGUUUGCAUUUCGAGUUACAUUGUUUCACAGACAUCAGGUUUCUGGAAGUCUUGGAGGAUUAUGAAUCAGGGAGAAUGAAGGGGCGCUUUCAGGAAGAACUUUUGCUGGUUGGAAUUAAAGUGGAAGGACUGAAGGUGAAGAUUAAAAACAUGGAGGAGGUGAAUGGAACAAAGAAAGCCAUUGAAAAUAGGUUACAUGUCAACAAUGAUCUGGGCAAGAAGUUAGAAAAUGUUAGUAUCAACGCUGCUGAAAGCGAAGAGCUGAAAAAUAUUCAGAUUGCAGACCAUCCUAAUGCAGAUAUAGAGUAUUAUUACAACAUGGGAUUCAGGGAGUAUCAGAUGAAAGAUUACAAGUCGGCACUAAGGUGGUAUCAGAAAGCUCUGGAAAUUACACUUAAACGUCAUGGAGAAGUUAAUGCUCUUACUUCGCAAAUUUAUGGCAGUGUCGGAGCAACACAACAUGAAAUGAGAGAUUACAGUUCAGCGUUAGAGACAAGGCGAAUGGCUCUUAAAAUUAUAUUAAAACUACAUGGAGAAAAUCAUCCUGCUGCCACCAUUCAAAGUUAUUGCAACAUCGGAGUCACACAAUAUGCAAUGGAAGAUUACAAGUCCGCAUUAGAAACCCAAAAAAAAGCUCUCGAAAUUAGACUAACACAUUUUGGAGAAGAUUACUCUGGAACAGCUGACAGUUAUGAAAACAUUGGACUCACACAAUGUAAGAUGAAAGAUUACAAAUCAGCAUUGGAUUCGUUCAAACUGGCUCUACAAAUCAUUUUGAAACUAUACGGAGAGGACUAUUCUGCCACAGCUGACAGUUAUUACUUAAUUGCAUUUGCACAACGUCAGAUGAAAGAUAACAAGUCAGCAUUAGAGUCGUAUCAAAAAGCCCUUGAAAUCAGAUUAAAAAUUAACGGUGAAGAUCAUGCCAACACUGCCAAAAGCUAUCACAGCAUUGGAAUCGUACAAGAUGACAUGGAAGAUUACAGGUCAUCCUUAAAAUCGCAUCAAGAAGCUCUCAAAAUCAGAUUAAAGUUAUACAGCAAAGAUAAUCUCGAUAUUGCUCAAAGUUAUUUCGACAUUGCAAACACCCAACGUAAAAUUAAAGAUUACAAGUCAGCGCUGAAGUCACACCGAAAGGCUCUUGAAAUCAGGAUAAAGUUGUUUGGAGAAGAUCAUCCCGCGACAGCUAACAGUUACUUUAACAUUGCGAACACGCAAUGUGAGAUAAAAAAAUACAAGUCAGCACUGGAAUCGCAUCAAAAGGCCCUCAAAAUUCGCUUAGUGCUGUAUGGAGAAGAUCAUCUUGACACUGCUCAGAGUUAUAGCAACAUUGGGGUCACACAACAUGAGUUAGAAAAUUACAGGUCAGCAUUGGAAUCGAAACAAAAAGCGCUUGAGAUCAGGUUAAAUAUGUACGGGGAAGAUCAUCCUGCGGUAGCUGACACGUAUUCGAUAAUUGGAAUCACACAACACGAGUUGAAAGAUUACAAUGGAGCAUUAGAAUCCCACCAGAAAGUCUUGAAAAUCAGAUUAAGACUAUACGGAGAAGAUCACGCUGACACAGCAGACAGUUAUUACAACAUUGGAUACACACAACAUGAAAUGGAAGAUUUUCAGUCGGCAUUUGAGUCGUAUCAACAUUGUCUCCAGAUCAAUUUGAAGCUCUAUGGAGAAGAUCACAGUGAUACUGCCCAAAGUUAUUACAACAUAGGAAUCGUGCAAGAUGACAUGGAAGACUACCAGUCAGCUUUAAAAUCGUAUAAAAAAGCCCUUGAAAUCCGAUUGAGACUGUUCGGAUUAUAUCAUCCAGACACAGCUGACAGUUAUUACAAUAUUGGAAUCACGCAAUACGCGAUAAAAGAUUUUACGUCAGCUUUAGAGUCGUAUAAAAAAGCGUUGGAAAUCAGUAGAAAAGUACAUGGAGAUGAUCAUCCUGACACUUCCCAAAACUAUUACCACAUCGAACUCACACAAGAUGAAAUGAGACAUUGACAUUAGUCUCAAGUUCGCUUCAAAAACUUUAAAUGUGCUUAUUAUUGUAUGAAGAGGAAUUAUUCUUUUACUGUUAGUAUUGACCAUGAUUUCGUUAUUUGUUAGGUUUCAAAGCUUUGCAUUCACAGAACAUAAAAUAAAGAGGAGAAUUAUAAUAUUAUUGUCACUUCAAUUGAAUUGCUUUCAAGAUUACCAUGGCGCUGCUGUGACGAAAGUUCACUUUAUUGUAAACACGAAGAAUUCGAGGUAAACACGAAGAACACGAAGAUUGCAAUUGUAACCGUGCACCAUUGUAAUUAGAUAAUGUAACAGUGCACCAUUGUAAUUAGAUAAUGUAACAGUGCACCAUUGUAAUUAGAUAAUGUAACAGUGCACCAUUGUAAUUAGAUAAUGUAACAGUGCACCAUUGUAAUUAGAUAUGACAGUCUUGAGCACAUGUAUAUAGAGAGCACAGAAUGAA